GCCCCUCUGUUCUGUUCAGUAUAUGGCAAUCACGUCAUCCACCACUGCAGUGCACCCACCUGUGGGCCUGUGGGGAGGGAGUGGGUUGAAAAACUGCUCAAGAACACAGAAGUUUAGGAAGGGUCAUGAAGAACACCGAAAGUGGAACUGCAGAGAAAGGGUUAUGCAGGCAGAAAGCAAGUCAACAAAAGCACUUAGUUAGGAUACGUAACUUGAAAUUGACUCCUUUGGAAAUUGCCAUAGAACCGUUAAUGGACAUCAUCAGCUGGAACUGGGAUCUGAUGAAUCCCACAAAAGUCAGCACCUGCUACAGAACAGAUGCCCUGAUCACCAAGGACUUGGUACUGAUUUAGAGAGAAGAGAGCAGCUCCUAGCAGCAUCAACAUCUAUUUGUCGCUUAUUUGCCCUGCAGCAAUUCACCUGCCUUUCCUUCUCCCAUCCUGUAAAUAUCCUAGGUUUUGCUCCAGUGUUUCCCAUCCCAGUACUGACCUAACUUGGAUCUACUAAGAACUUAGGGGGCUCUGAGGAAAAAAAAAAAAGGGGAGAUCAUUUGCAUUAAUGAAAUUAGCUACAAAGGCUCCUGGGCCUUUUUCCUUUCUGAAAUUGUGUCUUCAAAUUUUUAGAAGUUGCUGAUCAGAAUCGUGGGCACUUAAAUUUAUUCUCUGGUUACAAAUAUUUUAAAUAAGUUGGUUUCUGUAAGAACUCCAAAAAACGUUUUAGCUGCUUACCUAGCACCUUUCUCAGGAAGUAAUAAUAGCACCAAAUAUUGCUGAUUCACUACCUGAUGAAGAUUAUUUCCUGAGUUAAAAUACUCAUGGCAGUUUGUAUACAUUAAAAGAAGGGUUUUACUUUUUUAAAAAUCUUGGGAAUAAUAGCUAUCACGUGUUGAGUCCUUACUGCCUUCCAGGCACUGUUCUAUGCACUUUAUAUACUGUAUCACGUUUAAUCCUUCCAUCAAUGCUUUCAGGUAGGUAUGAUCUCUAUUUUACACACAAGUAAUAAGGAAAAAGGCUCAAGGAGUUAAAUCAUUUAUCAAGAGUGGUUCUCUGAGUGACAGAGCCGGGCAGUGGGCCGACUUGUCAGGCUGCAGCGCCGGCUCCUCUAGCCCAACGUUGGUUUACAAUAGUCAAGAUGAGUUGAAGUCAAGGGGUUUUUUUCCCUAUGUAAAGCUAUUUAUAUCUUCCAAGCCAAAUGGAAUAUUAUAAAAAUACAGUUAAUUCAUCCUAUGAGCAGGAAGAAUAUUUUUUAGUGUAAUUGUUUUCCAGCAAUUGUAAGAGCAUACUGCUUGUCUCAGAAGAAAAUUCCAUCGAGGGGCUUUAAAGUCUUUAUGUAUAAAAGACAAAAUAAAAAUCAUUUUUCUUAUUUUAGUUUUCUGGAUAUGCCGCAGAAGGAUCCGUGCCAGAAACAAGCCUGUGAAAUACAGAAAUGUUUACAAGCCAACAACUACAUGGAAUCUAAGUGUCAGGCUGUCAUCCAAGAACUGCGUAAGUGUUGUGCUCGAUAUCCCAAGGGAAGAUCUCUCGUCUGUUCAGGAUUUGAGAAAGAAGAGGAAGAGAAGCUGACGCUGAAGCCCACAUGACAGUAAAGUUCUGCUGAGAAGCAAACUGCUGCCCCACAUUGCCACCACGCGGGUUUUAUCUAUCCUCCUGACUCUUUCUUCAGGCCAGGUAGCAGCAAAUAUCAAAUGAAAAAGUCAACUAUAAAAGUUAAUAUGCCAUCUAUGCAGAACAAAUAUAAAUAUAUUAAACAAAUAAGUAGAAUGUGAUAAAACUGAGCUGCUAAAAUAAACCUUUUAAGUGAAA